GUGUGGCCCAGGCACAGAUCUGGAGCCGGGUGGCGGCUCCCGGAUGCUACGCCAGCCAGGAGGUAAUUUCCUACCGUCCCUGCAGGGCCAAGGGGAGGAGAGCUCCUCCUCUCCCACCCGGCCGGCCCCUCCACAUCAGACUCACUUUUUCAUAGUCGCCCCGUGAGGUCACUGGAGGCGAGGUGGUAUUAUUUAAGGCGGCCACACUCCCACCGGCAGCUCCCACCGCCAGCCAAGGCCAGCCGGAGUCCGGAGCGCCUGCCUGUCCCGGCCGGGUCACUGUGGAUGGCCUCACAGAUCCCCCUGGAGCUCCAGCCCUCCAACCAGAGCCAGCUCGCCCCUCCUAAUGCCACAUCCUGCAUCGGCGCCCUGGACGCCUGGGACCUGCUGCACAGGCUGCUGCCCACGUUCAUCAUCGCCGUCUUCACCCUCGGCCUCCUGGGAAACUCUUUUGUCCUGUCCGUCUUCCUCCUGGCCCGGCGGCGACUGAGUGUGGCAGAAAUCUACCUGGCCAACCUCGCCGCUUCUGACCUGGUGUUUGUCCUGGGCUUGCCCUUCUGGGCAGAGAAUGUGCGGAACCAGUUCGACUGGCCCUUCGGGGCCGCCCUCUGCCGCGUCGUGAACGGGGUCAUCAAGGCCAACCUGUUCAUUAGCAUCUUCCUGGUGGUGGCCAUCAGCCAGGACCGCUACAGCGUGCUGGUGCACCCCAUGGCCAGCCGGAGGGGGCGGCGGCGGCGGCGGGCUCAGGCCACCUGCGCGCUCAUCUGGCUCGCGGGGGGCCUCCUGAGUACCCCCACCUUCGUGCUGCGCUCCGUCAGAGCCGUCCCGGAGCUCAACGUCUCCGCCUGCAUCCUGCUGCUCCCGCACGAGGCCUGGCACUGGCUGAGGAUGGUGGAGCUGAACCUGCUGGGCUUCCUCCUCCCGCUGGCCGCCAUCCUGUUCUUCAACUACCACAUCCUGGCCUCCCUGCGGAGGCGGGGGGAGCUCGUCCCCACGCGGUGCGGGGGCCCCAGGGACGGCAAGAGCACGGCGCUCAUCCUCACUCUCGUGGCUGCCUUCCUGGUCUGCUGGGCCCCCUACCACUUCUUCGCGUUCCUGGAGUGCCUGUGGCAGGUGCACGCCGUCGGGGGCUGCUUCUGGGAGGAGCUCACCGACCUGGGCCUGCAGCUGUCCAACUUCUUCGCUUUCGUCAACAGCUGCCUCAACCCGGUGAUUUAUGUGUUUGUGGGCCGGCUCUUCAGGACCAAGGUCUGGGAACUCUAUCAACAAUGCAGCCCCAGGAGUCUCGCGCCCGUGUCCUCGUCCCGUAGGAAAGAAAUGCUCUGGGGUUUCUGGCGGAAUUAAAGCAGCUUGGACCCAAGGGGCUCGGCUUUCUCGUCCAUCCUUUCUGAUGUGGUAAAUGUGGUUGUGGGAGGGCUGAGCGCCGGUCUGCACGGACGCCCAGGUCCUGGCCCUGGGACCCUUGCUACUGGGGUCAGGUGGAGGAUCCUGGGUUCUCACAGCGAUCCUUGGAAGGGGGUCGGGGUCGCAGGAGGCGACAUGACCACACAGCCCGAGGCCGAGGAGGCGGCCACGGUCCCGUGGCCUCUGGACACUGGAGAAGUUAUGGACUCCAUUCUUCCUCACACCCCCGGAGGAGCCAGCCCUGCCUCCCCACCCCUGGCCUUACCCAUCAAAUGGGUUUUUCCUUCCCAGCCUGGGGAGUGGUCAGAGAAUCAGCGGUUGUAAACCUCUGAGCUUGCGGCAUCCGUCACAGCAGCUACAGGCAAGCAGGGGCAGCGCCCGGGGAAGACGUCUCUACGUUUCCUUCUGCGCGCUCCACCGGCUCCGGUCUGGGCCGAUUGCCAGAGACCAGAGCAGACCUGGCUGGAGCGUCCAUCCACAGGGACCCGAGACCACUCCAUUGCAGGAGGGCAGGGGGAUCCCAGGGCUGGAUCUGUGACUCAGCUUAUCUGGGACACGGUCAGGAAGGGAGCCACCUGGCAGCUGAGUCCCAGCACAGCGCGGCAUCCGCAGGCCCGGAGCAGGGCGGGAAGGGCCGGGUCGCGCCGCAGAGAUGCAGCGGCAGGAGCGCGGGGGCUGCUCCAGGGGGCUGCAUCGGCACUCCUGCUGUUCUCACGAGCCCAGCGCUGAGCCUGCCCAGGGACCUGCCUGCCAGGAGCUCACAGCAAAGGGACAACAAUUAGGAGAGUGUCCUUCAGCCCGGUGACCGCCACCAUCAGAUCCCAAAGAGCUCAGAGAAGGACCCCAGCCUGGGUGUCCCCAGGAAGAAGCGUAGAUGCUGAAACCCAAAAAGCAAGCAGUUGGCCAAGCCGAACAGGGAAAGGGGUGUUCUAGACCCAGAGACGGGCAGGGACGAGGGGAGGGACCAGACUCUAAGACACCCAGGCAGUGGGCCGGGAGGGGGCACCGCAGCCCUGGGGAUGCAUGGGAGGGACUGGGCCCUCUGGAACAGCACGGUGACUCCGGCCACUUGGGCCUGGGAAAGAGGCCACUGUCGCUGGAGCCCGGCAGUGUGCACCCUGGGGGCUCCCUGAGAGCAGACGGUGGUGCAGAUGGCCAGGAUUUGGGUCAGCAGACAAGAUUCAGCUGCACACAUGUAACUCGGGCAACGUGGUGUCUGUACACUGCUCUUACAGGGCGGCCGCUCAGAGCGGUGGUUCAGAGAGGAGAGGCAGAGAGGGAGAAAGGUCUCCCAUCUGCUGGUUCACUCCCCAAACAGCUGCAACGGCUGGAGCUGGAUAGAUCUGAAGCCAGGAGCCAGUAGCUUCUUCUGGGUCUCCCACACAGGUGCAGGGGCCCAACCACUUGGGCCAUCUUCUAGUGCUCUCCCAGGCCAUAGAGGAGAGCUGGAUCAGAAAUAGAGCAGCCGGGACUCGAACAGGCACCCAAAUGGGAUGCCCGCACUGCAGGCGGCAGCUUUACCCGCUAUGCCGCAGUGCUGGCUCUAAUAAAAUAAAUCUUAAAAAAAAAAAAAAAAAAAAGAAUCCCCACUGCGGGGGGGGGGGGGAGGAAGGCGU